AUGACAUAAUUUCACUGAAUCCAACAAACAGCAGAGGGCACGAAUACCAUACCAUCUAAAAUAUCGGUAUAAUCAAGUCCAAUGUAGCAGGGAUCGAACCUACCGCCGUCUCUUGUUUUAAUUGCUUAGGUAGACUAUACAAAGUCGUCUGCAUGCGCAUGCUGGUCUCACCUAUUGCAGCCUGCAAGCAGGGACAUUACAUGGAACUCUUGGGAUCCAAAUCAAGUUCGGGUUACGCCUUUAAUUACACGGGGAAAGUGUACGAAUUCGAUAAUAAUACAAUCAUGAAUUGCUACAGAGAACAGAUGAAAUCGGAAAGUAUGCUGUCCGUUCUUAAAGAAAUAAAAAAGAUAUAUGUCAAGCCAGGUGCAGCAUACAGGAACAUAUCUUCCGUUCAUUACCAUGAUUAUUACAAUUACAAUGUGAGCUGUAAUAGUAGUACUCACUGGCUGCAUAUUAAUGAUAAAAAUGAGAUAUUACAAGUAUCAAAGAUGCCAGAAAACAAAACUGAUGUACAAUUCACGUUACAUUUAAACAAGACACAUUACAACUCAAAAUUAUACUGUAUUCAAUUUAAAUGUUCUUCACCGCAACAAAUAAUGGUACAGAGUUGCAUAAGAAAUGUUACGGCCGUAACUAAUUUUAAAGAAGAUAGUAAUAAUUUAAUUUCAAACACAAUUAAUCAUAAAUUACAAAUAAACAAUCUAAUUUCAGACGGUAAAAAUAAUAUUGAAGAUAAUGAAGAAAGCAACAUUGUAAUACCCGUGAUAUCUACAGCAAUUGUAUUAUUACUAUUAUUAAUAAUAUUGUUUUUGUAUUGGAAGUCUAAAUCGCAAUCAGGGAGGAAUGAUUCAAACCAAGAAAACCUUUACGCGACUCCUAACGUACUGUAUGCUGAUUUACAAGAAAUGAAUGCAUCAACGAAUACCCAACUUAAAAAAGAUGACUCGCCCUAUUCAGAAAUUAUUGGCAUUUUGGAACCUAAACGCAAAGAAGAAGUUCACUACGAAGAAAUACAAAUGAAUAGUCAAAAUAGCAAAAAAAGAAAAGGUUGUAUAUUCAGAAGUAUCUAACAAAGGAUGCUAGCAUUCCAUUGUUAUUAAUAUUCAUUGCUCUGCAGGCUACACUGGUUACGCAGUCCACGCUGCUAGAUUUCUUUAUUCACAUCCCUGAAGUUUAGCUGUAUCAAUUUUCAAAAACAAAUUAGAGAUCUAUUGUUACUAUGAGCGUGUAUUGUUUACUCAAUUACUUUAUUUGUUGUUAUAAAAAAAUGGUAUAUUACGCUAUAUAAACUAGCCCUAGUGUAUGCAGUCAAACAUAUACAUUAUUCGUGUGAUUUUAGUGUAGUGUAAGUGUAACCAUUUUAAGGAAUUUUAAUUUCUCUGAAAAAAGAGUAAAAGUUUCCCUCUCCCGUACUCGUAGAAACGGACCUGUAAUUUUUUAAUUAUCCUUAGUCAUUUUUUAUUUACGUGAACUGCUCACGUAUAAUUAUUUGGUUAAUUGUCAACAAAUACUAAAUCUAUAAUGAUUUUGUUUUUUUACGUAAGUUAUUUUUAAGAAUUAUUUAUAUUAUAAAUUGGCCUACUGCCGAAUAAAGUAACAAGAAAUAUAUUUAUAAAAAUAUUUAUAAGGGACUGUAGAAUUCAUAUAAUAUAAUUAUAAAAUAUUAUUAUGUAAUAAAGAUAAUUAUAAGAAUAUUCACAAGGGACUGUAGAGUUCACAAAUACAAUUUAUAUAGAAACAGAGAUAAAAACAAUUUGUAUGUAAAUCUAAUUUACUACAAUUUCAUUGUAUGCUAGUAAUAAGUAAAAUUUAAUCAUUAGGCUAAACACAAA